GCAGAGUUCAAGGAGGCAUUCCAGCUGUUCGACCGCACGGGCGAUGGGAAGAUCCUCUACAGCCAAUGCGGGGAUGUGAUGCGGGCGCUGGGGCAGAACCCCACCAACGCAGAGGUGAUGAAGGUGCUGGGCAACCCCAAGAGCGAUG